AACAGUUCUCUUCUGUCCGGGAACAGGGAGGUGCCAGCAGUGUCUGCUCCAAAGAAAGCAAGUGACAGGCAUAGAGAAGGCACUGGAGUCCCGUAGUAUCGGCACAGUUCGGCAGCAUUUCCUACAGAAGGAAUAUAAGCAGCACCCCAGCCAAGCCCUACCUUCUCACUUCUUGUCCCCUCACUUUACCUUAUAAAGGUUCAGUCCAUUCCCCUCACACUCCUCUCAGCACAGUGACAAGAGAAGUAACCCCGUGGCUCCAGCUCGCCCUCUUCUCGUCUGGUGUGGCUGCUGAUUGUCUGGGGAGCAUGGCUUCAUCUGCCAGCGGGAUGGAGGAGGUUCGUUCCUCUGUUCUGACCCCUCUGAAACUGGUGGGACUGGUGUGCAUCUUCCUGGCCCUGUGUCUGGACAUCGGAGCCGUUCUGAGCCCAGCCUGGGUGACGGCGGACAAUCAGUACUACCUGUCAUUAUGGGAGUCUUGCAAGAAAUCCGAAAACCGCUGGAUAUGUGAUUCCACCCUGCAGAGCGACUGGCAGAUUGCUACUCUAGCCUUACUUUUAGGCGGUGCUGCGAUCAUACUAAUUGCCUUCCUUGUGGGCCUGAUCUCCAUCUGCGUAGGAUCCCGUAGGCGGUUCUACAGACCGGUGGCUGUGAUGCUUUUCGCAGCAGUUGUUCUCCAGGUCUGCGGUCUUGUAUUGUACCCAAUCAAGUUCAUCGAAACUGUCACUUUAAAGAUAUACCAUGAAUUCAACUGGGGGUAUGGACUGGCCUGGGGUGCAACUAUUUUUUCUUUUGGAGGUGCUAUACUUUAUUGCUUGAACCCCAAGAAUUAUGAGGAUUACUACUAAACCUGUGCUGUAUAUGCAGAAAUGAAAAACAGGACUAUUCGACUUUUUUUUCUAUCUCCGUUUUCUAGAACACAUAUGGAGCAUAAAGCAAUCUGCACAGUUGAUUUAAUCACUUUUGCCUUUCGGCUGCCAAUAGUAUAACCAGCUUUACAUCCACUUACAAAAACUGCCGAAUAUAAAGCAAAGAGUGGGGAAAAGAUUCCAUGGAUAACUGAAUAGGUGACUGCUGAAAUCUGUUGCUAUCUUAAGAGACUACACAAACAUAAUCAUGGUAUGAAUAGUUAAGUGAAAAUAAAAUGACAAUAACCACCAAACGCAUCUGCCGCAAGAUCUGUAUAAAAUGUUACCAUUGCAUUGUGCUGCUGAUAUUGCUAGAUAGUGUGCUGAAGACAUUGGAUUCUGUGAAUGGAAAGCUUAAAAUGCUAUUUCGAAAAUAAAAAAAGGGCACUUCAAAAUAUUUGCAGUAAUCCACCGAAUAUACGAAUUUAAUCCAACAUUUUAGGGAAUUUGUUUGCAGUUUUUACAUUAUAGAUCUAUGUAUUUGGCAUGAGCCAUGGGAAA